UCCCAGCGCUGCCCGCUACCGGCCCGAACCAUGCGUGAGUGCAUCUCCAUCCACGUGGGACAGGCAGGAGUGCAGAUUGGCAAUGCCUGCUGGGAGCUCUACUGCCUGGAGCACGGCAUCCAGCCCAACGGCACCAUGCCCAGCGACAAGACCAUCGGCGGGGGCGACGACUCCUUCAACACCUUCUUCAGUGAGACCGGGGCCGGGAAACACGUCCCUAGGGCUGUCUUUGUGGACCUGGAGCCAGCAGUGAUAGAUGAAGUUAGGACUGGGGCAUACAGGCAGCUGUUUCAUCCUGAGCAGCUGAUAUCUGGUAAAGAAGAUGCUGCGAAUAACUACGCUCGAGGGCAUUACACGGUUGGGAAGGAGAUCAUUGAUCUCGUUCUAGAGCGCAUCAGGAAGCUGUCUGAUCAGUGCACUGGCUUGCAGGGCUUCCUGAUUUUCCACAGCUUCGGGGGAGGCACUGGCUCAGGUUUCACCUCCCUGCUGAUGGAGCGCCUGUCAGUUGACUAUGGGAAAAAGUCCAAGCUGGAGUUUGCCAUCUACCCUGCACCCCAGGUGUCCACAGCUGUGGUGGAGCCUUACAACUCCAUCCUGACCACCCACACCACCCUGGAGCACUCCGACUGUGCCUUUAUGGUUGACAAUGAGGCCAUCUAUGACAUUUGCCGCAGGAACCUGGACAUCGAGCGCCCAACCUACACCAACCUCAACCGCCUCAUCGGCCAGAUAGUCUCCUCCAUUACUGCUUCCCUCAGGUUUGAUGGUGCCUUAAACGUGGAUCUUACUGAGUUCCAGACCAACCUGGUGCCUUACCCUCGCAUCCACUUCCCGCUGGUCACCUACUCGCCCAUCAUCUCGGCAGAGAAGGCCUACCACGAGCAGCUGUCGGUGGCUGAGAUCACCAACGCCUGCUUCGAGCCAUCCAACCAGAUGGUGAAGUGUGACCCUCGCCAUGGCAAGUACAUGGCCUGCUGCAUGCUGUACCGCGGGGACGUGGUGCCCAAGGACGUCAACGCUGCCAUCGCCGCCAUCAAGACCAAGCGAACCAUCCAGUUCGUGGACUGGUGCCCAACUGGCUUCAAGGUUGGCAUCAAUUACCAGCCACCAACAGUGGUUCCUGGUGGUGACCUGGCCAAAGUGCAGCGGGCAGUGUGCAUGCUGAGCAACACUACAGCCAUUGCUGAGGCGUGGGCUCGUCUGGACCACAAGUUUGACCUGAUGUAUGCCAAACGUGCCUUUGUUCACUGGUAUGUCGGAGAGGGGAUGGAGGAGGGGGAGUUCUCUGAGGCUCGUGAGGACCUGGCUGCGCUUGAGAAGGAUUACGAAGAGGUGGGCACAGACUCGCUGGAUGGAGAAGAUGAAGGUGAAGAAUAUUAACUCACCAAGAGAAGUGAAUUGCCAGGCUCUGCCAUCCUACUGCCUCCUGGGAGCGGUGUAAAUCGUGUGAAA